AUGAAGGGCGGGAGGGGCAGCAAUGGCGCGGGCACGGACCUGCUCGUCUGCUUCCCGUCGCGGGCGCACCUCGCCCUCAUGCCGCCCAAGGCCAUCUGUAGCCCGUCGCGCCCGUCCGCGUCCGAGCCGGUCAAGCGCCGCCACAGCACCAGCCGGGCGGGGCCGAUGCCGCCCAGCGGGCUCUACAAGUCGGCAACGGCCAGGAACCCGAGCCGGCGCGGCGCGGCGGAUGUCCCCGUGGACAACGAGCCGACGUCGCCCAAGGUGACGUGCGUGGGGCAGAUCAAGGCCCGCCCGGCCAAGCCCAAGGGCCCCGGCGGCGGUGGCGGUGGCGGUGGCGGUGGGAAGAAGACCAAGAAGGCCACGUGGCUGCAGGCGCUGGGGAUCAAGAAGGAUGCCAUGGCGCUCUUGGACGCCCUGCACGGCGCUUUCAGGUUCAACGUCGCCGGCUGCUUCGGCAGCUUCCCCGGCGCCGUGGGAGUGGGGUACACUUCCGGGGAGGAUGACGACGACGAGGAAGACGAUGCGCCGCGCACCGAGAAGAAAACAGAGCACGGCGCGGCAUUGGCCCGGUGGUUCAUGGUGUUGGAGGAAGGCAAGAAGCUGCAGGGACAAGAACCGGAAGAGAGCCAGGAGGAGGACAAGGAGGAAGACGCGGCCCCGCCGGCGAACGCUCUGAUGCUGAUGCGGUGCCGGUCGGCGCCGGCAAAGGGAUUAGUGAGGAGGCUAGAGGCAAAGGAGUGCGAGGAUGUGAAGAACGCCAAGAAGACUCCAGAGGAAGAGAAGGAGAAGGAGGGCCUAGUGCUCAUGACGUACUCGCCGGACUUCUUCAAGGUGUCCCUUGACAUUGCCAAGGAGACUUGGAUCGUCGGCGGUGAUGACGCGGUCCUGCGCUGCCGGAGCUGGAAGAGAUGA